AUGCUGCGUGCCCUGAAAAUCUCCCUGUCAAUCGCGUUAGUGGUGGUCUUGGUGGUGGUACACCUGCCCAGUGUCCAUUCGACCCCCCUUGUCCUCUCGCCUCGGUAUCAGGGGCUGGAACAUGGAUCCGAUCAUCUCGGAGAAGGCAAACUGGGUGCUGUUGCAAGCGAAAGUGCCCUCUGCAGUCACCAUGGGACGGAGAUGUUGAAAAAGGGCGGCAAUGCGGCCGAUGCGGUGAGCACGAUAUCACUUUGGACGUGGGAGGUGAGCGCUAAGAUAUCCGAUAUUGGCAUUGGAGGCGGCGGAUUUAUGCUGGUGAAGGCGCCCAACGGAUCGUACGAGUUCAUCGACUUCCGGGAAACUGCACCUGCCGCCGCGUUCGAAGACAUGUACACCAACAACACCGACGGCUCGACCACCGGAGGUCUCGCGAGCGGCGUCCCCGGCGAGGUCCGCGGUCUGGAACACCUCCACAAGAAGUACGGCACCCUGCCCUGGGCGACCGUCAUGCAGCCGGCCAUCGACACUGCGCGCAACGGGUUCCCGGUCACCGCCGAUCUGGUGCGCUACAUGGAGUCCGCCGUCGGGACCGGUGAAGACUUCCUGGUAAAUGAUCCAACGUGGGCGAUCGACUUUGCGCCGAACGGCACCCGACUCGGUCUGGGGGAUAUCAUCACGCGUCGGCGCUACGCGGAUACCCUCGAGACGAUCGCGCGGCAAGGACCCGAUGCGCUGUACAGCGGACCGAUCGCAGAGACGAUGAUCCAGGCCCUGCAAGCGGCCAAUGGCACGAUGACCCUGGACGACCUGCGCAACUACACCGUUGCUAUUCGGAACAUAUCGCAGAUCGAUUAUCGCGGGUACAAGAUUACGAGUACGACGGCGCCGUCCAGCGGGAUCGUCGCCAUGAGCAUCCUCAAGAUCGUGGAUGGGUACCGUGACUUUUUUACGCCGAGUAACGUCAACCUGAGUACCCAUCGGCUGGAUGAGGCGAUGCGCUUUGCCUAUGGGCAGAGAUCGCUUCUUGGUGACCCGGCUUUCGUGGAGGGCAUGGGCGAGUACCAGGAGGAUAUCCUGAAGAAGGUUACGGUCGACGAUGUCCGGAGUCGGAUCUCGGACGCUAGAACGCAGAACGUGUCUGCUUACGAUCCGGAUGGGUUCGAGAGCCUCAACACGCCUGGAACCUCUCACAUCGCCACGGCCGACCAUUCCGGCUUCGCAAUCACCGCCAUCACCACGAUCAACCUACUCUUCGGAAGUAAGGUCAUGGUGCCGGAGACAGGCAUCAUCAUGAACAACGAAAUGGAUGACUUCUCAACCCCCGGGUCCUCCAACUCAUUCGGCUACAUCCCCUCCCCAGCAAACUACAUCCGCCCAGGCAAACGCCCGCUUUCCUCCAUCACCCCCGCGAUUGUCACGCACCCCAACGGCACCGUCUUCUUCGUCGCCGGCUCCGCAGGUGGCAGUCGCAUCAUCACCGCCACCGUGCAGAAUAUCAUCCACGCCGUCGACCAGGGCAUGUCGGCCGCGGAGGCGCUCGCGCAGCCGCGUCUACACGAUCAGCUCGUUCCGAACCAGGUGAGCUUCGAGUAUGCGUACGAUAACCAGACCGUGGCGUUCAUGAAGGCCCGCGGCCAUAACGUCACCUGGGUGGCGCCGGGGGAGAGCUCCGCGCAGGCUAUUCGCGUCUUGCCGAAUGGGACUUUUGAUGCGGCGGGUGAGCCGAGACAGAAGGCUUCUGGGGGGUUUGCCGUCUAG